GCUCCUUUUCCCUCCAAACAGGAGCACUUUGUAUGAGUUGGAGUCACAUUUCUCAAGCUGACAGUAUUUAUACUUGGUUAAUCUGUGUCUUUCAGUGCUAAUAUUGACUGGCUUUCCACGAAGAUCCUGGAUCGCUCUUCAGGAAACUGAGGAUCCUUGAGCUGCACUUGGCAGCUCCAGAACAAUGGCAGAGUGCACUCCGGAUGCCCAUCCCGGCAAGGUGAUCCAGACUCCAAAGGCUGACAAUAAGGACUCCAGUGAAGUUUCAGCUGAGUCCGCACCGAAGGCAACGGUCAGAGUCAGACCUGCAGACCUUGGGCUGAUUCGAAGCUUGUCAAAGUCGGACUCUGACUUGUUGGCGUCACCACUCGGGGAGGAGGAUGGAGGUCUGGCUGGCCGCAGUGGAUCCGUGUCUAACUGCAGCUCUGGGCAGCCGUCCACGGAGCGCAUGCAUUCCUUUGCCUCUGAGUGGGAUGAGAUUGAGAAGAUCAUGAACUUGAUUGGAGCAGGCAUUGAAACGUCCAAAAAGAAUCAGCCCAGACCAAGAUCAGAUGGGGCCUGUGGUAAAGCCCUGGACCAGCCGGUGGGAGAGUGGCUGGAGCACGUGGGGCUGCCGCAGUACGAGAGCAAGUUCCUGCUCAAUGGCUUCGACGACCUACGAUUCAUGGGAAGUAACGUGAUGGAGGACCAGGAUCUCAGAGACAUCGGGAUCACUGACCCAGGACACCGAAAGAAAAUUCUCCACGCGGCACGCAGCUUGCCCAAGGUGAAAGCACUCGGCUGUGAUGGCAGCACAUCUCUUGCCUCCUGGCUGGAUGGCCUCGGCCUGCAUGAAUAUCUGCCCAACUUUCUUUCAAGUGGCUACCGCACACUGGAGUGUGUGAAGAACCUGUGGGAGCUGGAGAUUGUCAAUGUUAUUAAGAUUGGUGCCCUGGGCCACAGGAAGAGGAUCAUUGCCUCUCUAGCAGAGCGCCCCUAUGAAGAGGCUCCGUCCAAGUCCCGUCGUCUGUCCCCAAUUAUGUUCCAUGACCUCCUGUCCCAGACAACAUCCCCCCUCAGUCAGAUGGACCCCUACACCAGUCGCUCCAUGGACAUGCUCCUGCCCCUGACUGAGACGGACCGGAGGCGGAGAGGAGUUGAACAGGACUGUAGUGUUUCCCUGCGUUCGUAUAGUGAGAGGCCACGCUCUGUAGACAGACAUAGCGAACGACAUAAAGACUCUCGUUUAAACCUCCGGCCGCCGAGCCACUCUGCUACCUACGCCACGGUGUCUGCCUGGCAUCACCAGCCUGAGAAACUCAUCCUGGACUCCUGCGGGUACGAGGCGACUUACCUAGGAUCAAUGAUAAUCAGGGAUCUACGAGGGAUUGAAUCCACACAAGAUGCCUGUGCUAAAAUUAGGAAAUCAAAGGAUUCAAGAAAGGGUCCAGUCGUCAUACUGUCCAUUACCUAUAGAGGGGUCAAGUUCAUCGAUGCAGCCACGAAGACUAUAGUUGCAGAACAUGAGAUCAGGAACAUCUCAUGUGCUGCUCAGGACCCAGAUGACCUCUGCACUUUUGCUUAUAUUACCAAGGAUCUGAAGAGUGGCCACCACUUCUGUCAUGUCUUCAGCACUGUGGAAGUGACGCAGACCUACGAGAUCAUCCUAACACUGGGACAGGCAUUCGAGGUAGCCUAUCAGAUGGCCAUCCAGACCAGGGCGAGACAAUAUGUCCCACCCACAUCUCUGCCCUCAGAGGUCAUAGAGACCAAAACCAGCCGCCCUGUAUCUCAGUCGUGGAGCAGCAUGCGGAGAUCAGCAAUCGACCCCCUGGAGAUGGACGCAGACAUGCAGUCCCUGGGCAGCACCACCUGGCUCUUGGACCAGCGGGAUUCCAACAGGCGCCCAGUCAGCACCAAGUACGAGACCACCAUAUUCUGAGGCCGGAUCCCCACAGCCGCCCCUCUGCACCCCCUCGUACUUUCCCUCUCCCUCCUGCAUCCGGUUCUUUAUUUAUCUCUCUCAUACACACACUCUCACACACACACACACACACACACACACACACACAUAUAUAUAUAUACAUGCGAGCCCCGUGCCUUCUCACUGUGAUGGUAUAGCAUCCCUCAGGGCUGCCUACUCCUGCACCCUCCUUUGCCCUGCCCAGCGACCCACACCAACCUCUUUACCCACCAUGACAAACACUCCUGCGGCUCUCCCGUGCCUCCCCAACACCCCUGUCUGGCAGCCUCCCUCGCCUGUUGCUGCUGCAGUCAAUGGCGGAGCCCUGGAACGGAUGAUCCUGGACUGAUGUCAUUUUACAGUGGCCCUGCUCUCUCAACCAAUCUGCCUCUUCCUCCUCAUCCUCCUCCUCCUGACAACUUGCAUCUGCCUCCAAAUCCCCGAUAGCUCCCAGAGGUUGCAUCUUUAUUAUUCCUUCAUUUUUAAAAUAUUGAUUCUCCACAGGCAAAACAAGCAUGUUCAUUCUUUAUUUAGACUCCUCAUUGGUUUGAUGUUAACGGUUCAAUUUCCAGAAAGUUUAAGUUCGUAAUGUAAACUGCAGAGUUGUGUGAAAUACCAAAGGGACCAGUGUAUAAAACUUUAAAGGAAAAGCUAAACUUUGGGGAAAUGCACUUAUAACUUUCUUGUAGAGAGUUGGAUGACAGCACUGAUACCACGCUCACAUCUACUCAUAACAUGAAGCUACAGCUAGUCUAACAUAAAGACUAGAAACAGGGAAUCAUCCAACCUGGCCAUGACAAAAAGUUAACAAAAUCUGCCUGCCAGCCCCUCAAAGCCUCACAUAUAACCAUUUUGUUGAUUAUCAUCUCGAUUAACUGAUUAGUUGUUUGGUCUGUAAAAUGUCAGCAGAGGGUAAGAACUGUACAGUCAAUGUUUCCCAAAGCCCAGCAUGACAUCCUCAUAUGGCUUUUGUCCACAACCCAAAGAUAUUAAGUUUACUUUCAUAGAGUAAAGAAACCCCCAAAAAUGUAACCCUUCAAUUAAUCUUCUCUGUUUCGAAUGUACACAGGUGUAAAAACAACAAAUUGUUCCAUGCAGGGUUAUGGACUGUUUCCUGGUCCUGUGUGACAACUCCCUAAGAGCUCCCACAGUUUCUACUUUAUUAGUUUUCCUGUUGCCAGCCGUUACAAAAAGGUUAUUCAGAGGCAAAACGAAUAAAGCUCUUGCAUCACGACUUCCACACUGGCCUUGUGUUUCUUCCUGGAGUCCACGCUGCUGAGCAACUGACCCCAAUCAGAAAAUAGUCUGGCACUUUAAGAUACAAUAUGUAGCUGUUCUGCAUUAAAAACACUAGGCUUAGGUUAUAUAAGUUGGUAUUUCCAGCAGUGUUCAAACCCAAAGAAAGCUGGGGUUUUUUUCAAGGUAACAGUUUAUUCACGUAGUUGACUCUCUCUAUGACUUCAGUGAGACAGUGUGAGGAAAAGAAGUAAGACAUGACUAAACAGAAGGUGAAUUAGGUUUAAGCAUUAACUCCUCGGUGAUCAUUUCUGCCCGUCAUGUCAGAUAGAUUUUCAUCAGCAAUGGGGAUUGUUUAAAAAUGAAGAGGAAAUCUCCCACAGUACUUAUUUUUUGUUUUGUUUUGAUUGAGAGACCUCUAGUUGUAGAAAGAACGCCUCAGUUUGUUUCUAGUAUUCACACUGUUUUUUUAGUCCAGAUUCAGAAAAAUCGAUACCGCAUGCUAGUUAGUUCAUUCAUGCAUUCAGAAAUAUGAUAACAAACUGAAUCAACGAACAUAAGUAAGCUUUAGAAAUGCUGGAUGGUGGAUUUUUUAAAAAAUAUUAAACAUUUCCUUUGUGAGUUCUAAGCUAAGUUAGCUUGCUAAUGGCGGUAGCAUCAUAUUGAAUGUACAGACGUCUGAGUGGUAUCAGUAUUGUCUAACUCUUUACAAGAAAGCGAAUAAGUAUUUACCCCAAAACGUUUCCUUUAUCAGACCCUUUUGAUAUUGCACAGAUUAAAUAUCUAGAUUCCAAGCCUGUAAAAUAAAAGUAUGAUUUAUUUUUUUUUAGUUAAUUUCGACAUUACUUUUUAUUCUUAAUUUACUGUAUUAUUUGAUUGUUUGGUUGUUUUGCCUCAAGACAGUUAUUAUUAUUUUUUUCUUUCUCCAUCUUUAGCUUGUCCUGUCUUACCAGGCAUCUACCACUGUGAGGCACUAUGAGGAGGCUGCUUUGCUAGCAUGGGAUGCAAGACGGACAAUUAAACAAAACAGCAACAUGCAGCAAACAACCUGAUUUAUUUUUUGUUGUUGUUUUUUUGUUUAUUUCUACGCAUUUGUAAAAUACUCAUAACAACACGAUGGAUCGGUCAUGAAUCUGUCACUGAUGUCUGAACUCAAAACGGACCAAGAACUGGAACCUCGCACACACAGGAGGACAACUUUCCUACACUUUACCGAGGACGACAGCCUUACUUUAUUUUGGUUAUCUAUAAUCAACUAAAUCCCCAACCUUUCCCCAGAACUUCCUGAAUACUACCACCACCACCACCACCACCCCCCAAUAACUGCACGCCUCCCCCCCUGCUUCUAAAAGACUUUAAGGAAACAAAAAAAGAGAGAGAGAGACAACAGCACUUCUGAUUUCCUGGUGUGUUAAACCGACUGUGACUGGCUGGGUGAUGACGUUCUUACGAUUGGUACAGUGAGAGUGUUCGCUCUGGCUUUGUACUGCCCUGUUCCCGCAGUCUCUCAGCAUUCAUGGUAGCAAAUGAGAGACUGAAAAAUCACAGCAUCUUCUUCUUGUCAAUUAAAAAAAAAAAAAAAAAAAGAAAAAGAAAGAAAAAAGAACACUGUGUUACAACAUGGCACUAUCCCUUUUAAUAACCUUGUUUUCUUUUCUUACGGUGCAAAUAGGACAAUUAGUGCAUUUGUGAUACCUUUUGAUAGACGGAGACAGACUGAAAUAUUUUGGUAGAGAAUGAUUAAGGAUAUUGAUACAACCAGAGGCAAAAAAAACAAAAAACAAAAACAAAGAUAAUACCACCAAAAAGCAUAUUUAGUGUACUCACAUUGGUUCCACAUUUCACAACGUUGGUAGUCAGAAUGAGAAACAUUCUCAGCACGAUUUCAUUUGACCUGAUGCACAAUUCGGCGCACAUCUCCCAACAUAGCAUCUUAUUAUCAUGAUUACAUGGGUAGGUAUCCGUGCUGUUUCACGCCAAUUUAAUUUAGAAUUAGGUACAGUACAUGCAGAGUACGCUACGUGGAGAUAAACGGCAGUGAAAAGAUUUAAUUCCGCUACAUUAAAAGAGCCAAAAUCUAAGUGUUGCUCUGGUGUCGUGUUAAUGCGAAUGGAUUUGUUAUGCUGAGAACAUGACACAGUUUUUCCUCAUUUUAUUUUUUUAUUUUUUUCUUAUUUAGAGAGAGAGAAAAGAAUCAUUUCCCUCCUUGCACUGUGACUCAAGAAAAAAAAAAAAAAAAGCUUGUCGUGGAGUCGACACGUAUCUGUGGGUUCUCCCCUGUGUGCACUACCUGCUGUGCGUGCUGUAUGCCUUGUUUCUUGUCUGUCCUCAUGGGAGUUUGGACUGUUACCGUUACAUCACUGUCCACCGUCCUUGUUUCUGUGUGCUGCAAAGAGAAGUGAGAUAUUGAGCUCCUCUCCAGAAGACAGUGUGGCUGCGGACUGACUGUUAAAAGAUGUAGCUGGUCUGUGUGUGGUACCGUGGCUGUGUCAUUGCCACUCUGUUCUGACUGUUAACUGUUAGCUUCCACUGAUGAUGCAUGUUGGCAGUGUCUUUUUGUGUUUUGUACCCUUUGAUGCACUUGGCCUGAGCAGUCUUUCUGUAUGUACUGUAGCAGUGUCUCGUCUCCUCUCACUCAUCUGCCAUUCGCUUUUUAUGUUCCCCUCUGUUUGUUACACGCCAUUCAGCACAGCGAUUCAUCUCCAUCCCCUCCACCGUUUUCUCCAUUGUCGUCAUUACUCCAACAUUUUGUCACGUAUGUUCUCCCAUUUUGUGUGUCACCAAGACAACCUGCUCUAGUAUGAAUGCAUAAUGUAAAAAAAAAAAAAUAAAAAAAAAAAAGCAUUACACUUUAAUGAGCAGCAGCUAUUUAAAAGCAAGUUUUGGUGGCAUGAUAUGGCUGUGCAUGUACCGGUCUGUUUUAACAUUGAUGUUUUCCUUGUGUAGCUCACCCCAGCAUUCAAGUUUCCGGACACCAAGCUGUGAGUUGAAGGGGAGCAGCCGAUGCGAGUGUGUUUGCGUGUGUUGAGUUAGUGGGCAGAGCAGUGGAAAAAGAGGUAGAGAGAGGAAAAAAAAAAACCCCCGAGAGGUAAGCCUUAUGCAACGUGCAGGGCCAAACCAGCGCUACUCUGACAUUUUAGAUCUCACUCUGUAUACCCCACCCUGCUCCUCCACUGCCCCCCCCCACCCC